AUGCCACUGACCUUCCUGGCUUCAGUCUUCGAAUGCUUGAGCCAAAUUUUCUUCGGCAUGCGCCCUCUCAUGAACAUUGAAGACAUUGAUGUCCCUUUGCCGGAGCAAGAAAGCGCAUGGAGUGCAGUUACUCAAUCAGACUGGGAAUCGGCGAUUGGUGAGCGGUCCGGUGGUCAGGCAUCGAAAAACUCACUAAAAAGAGUUCUCUAUGGUAUCGAUUCCAUGCAACAGGUUCUACCGGAAGUGGAUGGAUUCAUCCGACUCCUCCUCACAGUGACGUUAUUCGUUGAGGAGAACAUGGAGCUUCUCAGAACAAAAUCAUGGUUGGCGGAAGGGAUUUCGAAUCCCUCAUCACUGGCACGCAGCCGGUCCUCAACUCAGCCAACCCUCGAGAGAGACACGCCUUUUCGUCUCCAGAAUCGCAUAAAGGCCAUGGACGCUGACUUCAAUCUCCUCCAGCCCAACUUCACGAUCUAUCCGUUCGUGAGCGAUCUCUCCAUCAUGGAGGCUUGCAUGUACCAUGAAGUUCACAUCAUGCGCCAUGUUCGCCUCGAAGGACUCUACGCAUUAACAGGGUGGCAAGCGAGCAAGACAUAUAUAGAUAUCGCCGAACGUGACUUCAAGUUAUGGCUCCAUGACCACCAGCCAACAAUACGCAAAUGUCUUUGGCAUGCCGCUACCCUACUCAGUACCCUGCACUCUCGACGGCAUAUGACACUCUGGGAGCCCCUGUGCUUCCUUACAAGGGCGAUAUUUCUCUGGGCAUAUCUCAAGCAUGCCGACAGCAAAACAGUUCAGCCGUCAUCUUCCGAACAUAUGAUUGAAAACCAGAAAGCAUUGCGCCUCGACCGACUGACGAAAGCGGAUGAGCGGAAUGCUUGGAUUGAUCAUGGGUUCAACGGAAAUGUCCAUGUAACGGGAAUUGGCAACCUCAAUCCCGGGGAGCACCCCAAUCGGGUUCUGGAGGAGUUACAUAGAUAUCUAAUUUCUCAAACUGGAACGGCAAAUCUCGCAGGCGGCAUCGCAAAGGCUGCCAUGCAGGUGUGCCGUGGCUUACCACCAUCGUUUUAA